GAUGAGGAGGGAGCUUCCAUCUUCUCUCUGCUUCUUCAUCCUCUUUUAAAGCAAUUUAGACGUUGACUUAGAUCAGAUGCCGAACCUAUUAUAUGAUUAGCUUACCAGGCUGAGAAAAGGAAGAGUGUAUAAUAGUUUUGGGUCUGUUAGGUGGAUAUGCAGUGAAAAGUGUAUUUUUUUCUUUUUUGGUUUUGUUGCAUUUUUGCCCUACUCUCAAAGGACGCGUUGUUUGCUGAUGUCUUUCUCACGCGAUUGCAUUUGAGAUCAAAGACGAAAAGCAAAUAUUCCGCUUUUAUCAUAAACGAACAUCAUGCCCACACGCGACUCUGCUCCACCGGAGAAUGGAAGCGCAUGACGGAAUUACUAAAUUCUUCCACUUUUCCUGAUAACCGCUUCAACUAAAUAGAGAACUCCAACACGAUUGGGACCUAAUUGGAUUUAAUCCUAAACCAUCUACAUUCUCCCCAACACUAAACACCCUAAACUCGCGUCUACAUCCAUCGUAGGGGGCUACGGCAAAGAGCGACAUCUUUUUGUAAUGAUAAAUAGGAACGCGCGAUUCUGCUCCGGGAGAUUUAAAGAGAGUACGUCUUACGAUAUUCCGAUCCCAGUGCACACGCAUUACACGAGAAACUGAGCUUGAACUUCAGCGUUUUCUAAUAGGAUGUCGCGCCGCAAGCAAGCUAAACCAAGAUCACUGAAAGUAGAAGACAAUGUGACAGAAGACCAGCACAGUCCCGGGCAGACUGCCAUUCCGAGCGAUCCCCAGUGUGCCACAGAGAGGGCUACCGCCGGCGACGACGAUGGCGAGGACGGCGGCCGUGUGAGGAAGAGGAGGCAUCUCUCUCCGGAGGAAGGGGAGGAGGGCGAAGAGGAAGACGAGGAGCCCGCGCUGCACAGCUGCGACAGCUGCCGGCAGGUGUUCGAGUCGCUGAGCGAUCUCACCGAACACAAGAUUAAUCAAUGCCAGCUGACAGACGGAGCAGAUAUCGAGGAUGACCCGUUGUGCUCUUGGCCUGCCUCGUCCCCCUCCAGUAAGGACCAGACCUCCCCAGGACACUGCGAGGACUACGACUUCGGCGAAGACGAAGGCGGCCCUGGCCUGCCGUACCCGUGCCAGUUCUGCGACAAGUCCUUCAGCCGCCUGAGCUUCCUCAAGCGCCACGAGCAGAGCCACGGCGACAAACUCCCCUUCAGCUGCACCUUCUGCAGCCGCCUGUUCAAGCACAAGCGCAGUCGCGACCGCCACGUCAAGCUGCACACCGGCGACAAGAAGUACCACUGCGGCGAGUGCGACUCGGCCUUCUCCCGGAGCGACCACCUGAAGAUCCACAUGAAAACCCACGCCUCCAACAAGCCCCACAAGUGCCCCGUGUGCCGCAGAGGCUUCCUCUCCUCCAGCUCCCUCCACGGCCACAUGCAAGUGCAUGAGCGGGGCAAGGACGGCAGCAGGCCCGACGACUGGAAGCUCAAAGAGACGCGCAAGUGCGGCCGCUGCGAGGAGGGCUUCGACGUCCCCGAGGAGCUCCAGAGGCACAUCGCCGAGUGCCACCCCGAGUGCUCGCCGUCGGAGGACGGAGGCCUCAGCGCCGCCCUGCAAUGCAUCUACUGCCAUGAGCCCUUCAGCGACGAGGGCACCCUGCUGACCCACAUCGACCAGGCGCACGGCCGCGACCGCAAGGGCCACGACUGCGCCAUCUGCUCGGAGCACUUCCCGUCCGUCGAGGACCUCUACGCCCACAUGGACAUACACCAGCUCCCUGAAUCCAGUAACCAUAGCAACAGCCCUUCUCUGCUGACCGUGGGCUACACGUCCGUGUCCAGCACGACCCCGGACUCCAACCUCUCCGUCGACAGCUCCACCAUGGUGGAGACGGCUCCGCCGGUGCCCAAGACGAGGGGCCGGAGGAAGAGGAGCGCCCAGCACAACUCGGAGAUGGGAGGGCGUGCCUCCAAGCAGCCCAAAAUCUCUUACAGUUGCAUCUACUGCAACAAGCAGAGCUUCUCCAGCCUGGCCGUCCUGCAGAUCCACCUGCGCACCAUGCACCUCGACAAACCAGAGCAGGCCCACACGUGCCAGUUCUGCUUGGAGGUCCUGCCCUCGUUGUUCAACCUAAACGAGCACCUCAAGCAGGUGCACAACGCAGAGGACCACGCCGCCCUGCUGGCGAGCCUACCCGACGCGCUGCUUCAGUGUAACUUCUGCCCCGAGGUGAUGGGGGACCUCAACGGCCUGCAGGAGCACAUCCGCUGCUCCCACGGCUUCCCGAGUCCCGUGGCCAAGGAGAGCAACGCCUUCUUCUGCCCCCAGUGCUUCAUGGGCUUCUUGACCGAGACCACCCUGGAGGAGCACGUCCGGCAGACUCACUGUGACGGGGGAAGCCUCCGCUUUGACUCCCCCAUGGCCGUAACUCCCAAGGAGCCCAUCGUCGAGGUCUACUCCUGUUCAUACUGCACCAACUCCCCGAUCUUCAACAGUGUCUUGAAACUCAACAAGCACAUCAAGGAGAACCACAAGAACAUUCCACUGGCUCUCAACUACAUCAACAACGGAAAGAAAUCUCUCAGAACUCUCAGUCCCCACUCUCCGAUAUCGGUCGAGCACGCCACGUUACUGAAGCAAGGCGGCUCCUCUCGGAAUACCAGUGAAUUCAUCUGCAACCAAUGCGGGGCCAAGUACACGAGCCUCGACCUCUUCCAGACUCACCUCAAAACCCACCUGGACGGUCUCCAGCCUCAGCUCACCUGUCCCCAGUGCAACAAGGAGUUUCCUAACCAAGAGUCCCUGCUCAAGCACGUCACCGUCCACUUCACCAUAACCUCCACCUACUACAUCUGCGAGAGCUGCGACAAGCAGUUCACCUCGGUGGACGACCUCCAGAAGCACCUCUUGGACAUGCACACCUUUGUGUUUUUCCGCUGCACCCUGUGUCAGGAGGUGUUCGACUCCAAGGUGUCCACGCAGCUCCACCUCGCCGUGAAGCACAGCAACGAGAAGAAGGUCUACCGCUGCACCUCCUGCAACUGGGACUUCCGGCACGAGACGGACCUGCAGCUGCACGUCAAACACAGCCAUCUGGAGAACCAGGGCCGCGCCCACCGGUGCAUCUUCUGCGGCGAGUCCUUCGGCACGGAGGUGGAGCUGCAGUGCCACAUCACCACCCACAGCAAGAAGUACAACUGCCGCUUCUGCAGCAAGGCCUUCCACGCCAUCGUCCUGCUGGAGAAGCACUUGAGGGAGAAACACUGUGUGUUUGAGGGCAAGGCCCAGAACUGUGGCGCCAAUGGCUCCACCACGGGCGUCGUGGAAGGCCAGCCCAAGGAAGACGUCGAGCUGCAGGGGCUCCUGACAAACAGUCACGGGUCCGGAGCAGUGGGAGCCACCGUGGUGGAGUCCCAGAACAGCCGCGAUGGAAGUGAGGAAGAGGUGGACACAGCAGAUCCAAUGUUUGGAUGUGAUAUCUGUGGAGCGUCAUAUACGAUGGACUCCCUUCUCACCAACCACCAGCUGAGGGAUCAUAACAUCCGCCCCGGGGAGAGUGCAAUGAUGAAAAGGAAAGCGGACAUGAUCAAGGGAACCCACAAGUGUAACGUCUGCUCCCGCACCUUCUUCUCUGAGGCAGGGCUGAGGGAGCACAUGCAGACCCACCUCGGGCCGGUCAAACACUACAUGUGUCCCAUCUGCGGGGAGCGUUUCCCCUCUCUGCUCACCUUAACGGAACACAAGGUCACCCAUAGCAAGAGCCUGGACACUGGUAGCUGCCGAAUUUGCAAAAUGCCACUCCAAUGCGAGGAAGACUUCCUGGAGCACUGCCAGAUGCACCCAGACCUGAGGAACUCCCUGACGGGCUUUCGCUGUGUGGUGUGCAUGCAGACGGUCACCUCCACGCUGGAGCUCAAGAUCCAUGGUACCUUCCACAUGCAAAAAACGGGCACCAUGUCCACCAACCACCCGAUCGGCCGCAACUCCAUCAUGCCCCAGAACAUGCACCACCAUCCGGUCCAGAAGCUCUUCAAGUGUGCGUCUUGCCUGAAGGACUUCCGCUCCAAGCAGGACCUUGUGAAGCUGGACAUCAACGGACUGCCGUACGGCCUCUGUGCGUCCUGUGUGGCGGCUGCAGGCUCCAAGAGCUCCAGCCCCACGGUGAACGGGGGAAGGCAGCAGCACCAUCAGCAGCAGCAGCAGCAGCAGCAGCAGCAGCAGCAGCAGCAGGGGGGAGCCAACACCCCAGCAGGGAUCACCGGUUCUUGGGUCCAGGGGGAGAGCGUCAGCCCCGGCGAGGGAAAGGCCAAAGGCGCCUCUUCCGCGUCCUCGGCCUCCUCCACGUCCUCACUGUCGGCCAAGACACGGUGCGCCAGCUGCAACGUGAAGUUUGAGUCGGAGGCCGAGCUGCAGAACCACGUGCAGACGGUGCACCCGGAUCAGGUCAGGGACAGCAACGGAGGACAGCUCCGGACCCCCCAGGUGUCCCCCAUGCCCAGGGCCAGCCCCUCACAGACAGAGGAGAAGAAGACAUACCAGUGCAUCAAAUGUCAAAUGGUGUUCUACAGUGAAUGGGACAUCCAGGUGCACGUGGCCAACCACAUGCUGGAACCACACGUUGACUCAACACAGCAGCUAACGUGGCAGACAGAUCAGCGCCGCGGCCGGGGGAAGGAGGAAAAAAAAGAGCGGGAACCACGCGGGCGCCACGCACGGGGGAGACAGAGACAUACACACGUACACACACAUAUAUACCCCCCCACACACACACACACACACACACACAAAGGCCUGACCGCCAAUUACCGCCGGCCGGCUUCCCACCGGCACUACCCCGCCAUGAACCUUCGAUUGGAGAAAUGAAGCUGAACCUUCGACGAGUGAAAAGAACGAGGGAGAGAGAGAAACAAUGUCCUGUCCUCAAAGCGAAAUAUGAUUUCGCAAAAGACGACGACCACGGCCAAACUUGUUUGUACAUAGACUUCCUCCUCAUGUGUUGCUUAACUACAGCUAUAUUGCAAUCUUAUACAGUAUUUGCCAAUGUACAGUUACAAAAAAAAAAAAAGGAAAAUCUGUCCUUAAAAAGAAUCGAAAAAUAGACGACAGAGAGAGAGAGAGACAGAGAGAGAGAGAGAGAGAGAGAGAGAGAGAGAAAGAGAGAGAGAAGAGAGAGAUAGAGAGAAAGAGAGAGAGAAAGAGAAAAUAUGCGAUCAAUGCCGUUGUCAAUCAGAGGGGACUCAUCCGUCAGCGUGGAAGGACGAGCAGGGUGGGGUGCCACCCAGUGUGUAAGGUGCUGCUGGAAAUGCUUGAAAUCCAGCCACACACGUCUAUUGCCCCCCCCCCGUCCCCAACCCCCCCCCUGACUGACGCUAUAUCCUGACCUGGUUAAUCAUUAGAGAGGGCUGACGACUUGCUGGGUAGGCGUGCGUGUGUGUGUGUUUGUGUGCGUGCGUGCGUGCGUGCGAGUGAGUGCGAUGCGUGCGUGAGGGCGUGUGUGUGUGUGUGUGUACAUGCGUGCAAGCGUGCCCCCUCCCAACAUUUCCGCCAGAGGACCAGCUGAGGUCGGACGGCGUGGCUAAUCCGGCCCGCUUGUGAGUACAUGGUGUUCAGAGAGAUGAGAGGGACGGGAGAACUACACAGAGAUCAGUGGAAAGACAGGGGGGGGGGGGCAUUUUGAUAUAUGCAAACGCAGUGACACAGAUUUGGAAAAAGAAAGGGGGUGUUGAUGGAAGGAUGGCUCCUCUUGUUGGCUGAUGAACAGAGGCGCGAGCCCCCCCCCCCUCCACACACACACACACACACACCCCGACCCAUGUGUCUCCUAGAGUUGUGGGGACCGACGUGAGCUCAACCUGUACAUUUCUGUUGUUAAUGUUUACCGCUUCGUGAAAGCCUGGAGAUUACUGGAAUCUGUGUUGAGUUUUUUUGUUUAUUUUUGGGGGGGGGGGGGGGGGGGGUUCCUUUUCUCUCUUUUUCCGUUUUUUGUUUUUUCAUUAUCUUGUUAUAAUUUCUCGCGAUCGGGAGUCUUUCCGUUUGAAUUUGGGAUUGUGAGAUAUGUACACAAAUGUGGUGUCCCCGAGCCCCCCCUCUCAGGGGGGGGGGGUGUGGGUUAUAAAACUCCACUGGCGGUUCCUCUAGACUCUGGAGGACUGCUCAAGUAAAACUUUGGUGGGUAUUUUAUUUUAUUAUUUUGAAUCUGUUUAUUUUAUUUGCAGUGUCCUAUUGCUGUUCUCAAGCUGGAAGCCGUCGCAGCGUUAACGUACAGCUCUAAAUCAUUCAGUUAAAAUGUAAAUGUUUUGCAUUCGUUGAAUCUGAGAUGCACUUUUGUAUAAAUAAAAAAAAAAAGACAACUUUCAAUGUUUUGACCUUUUGACUGAGAAUUGUUCCUAUUGGGCGUGCAGGAAGCCAACAUCUCCUGGCGGACAGUGCUCUCUGAUGUUGUUCAAACGUAUUGUACAAAUAUGGAGCUCUGCAUUUCGCAAAGCUCAUUUUUUUGUGUUGCACAUGUGAUGGAAAUAUUAAAAAAAAAUGUAUGAGGAAA